AUGUCCGCCAUUAACUCCACCUUUCCUCUGCGUCGCUCUGAAGCGAUUCGGCGCUGUACUCGGAGACAAUGGAGAGAAGAGGAAAGCUCCCGAUGGAGACGAAAAUGGCAGAGUGAAGAGAAGACUGGUGCAGAGAAACGAGCAGAAGAGCGAUCCUCAGAGAGACGGAAAUGGUCGAGGGAAGAGAAAACUGGUUCAGAGCAACGAACAGGGGAAGGGGAAGAUCCUCAGGGGAAUCCGUCGCUGUGUAUCUCCUCGGUGCUCUGCUUCUACUUACCGUUCCAGAUUCUCGUGGUUUGA